AUGAACCUCGCAACAGCACCAUCCCAAACUCCAUCCACCAGCGACCCGUCGCCCACGACCUCGCGCCCGCAACAACAACAACCCCUCUUAAUCCAACAACAACAACAACUCCCACCAGCCCCACCAAUCCAACAACAACAGCACCUCCAGCAGCAACAGCAACAACAACAACUCGUCAUGGCCAUGAACGGCAUCAACGGCGGCAACAUGCCCGGCGGGAUGGUGCCCUACCCGACGCCGGCAGGCCACCAGGCCGAGCUGAAUUACAUCUACGGCAUGGUGGAGGAACUGAGCCGGCAGCUGGCCGACAACCAGCGCACGCUUGAGGAGGUGGUCGCGGGCGUGGGCCGGGUGCGCAGUCGUGCGAGGAAUCAGGCGCUGGGGAAUGAGGAUUUGAUUAAUUCCGCUGCUGAUGAGGCUAAGGACUCCAACCUCGACACGCUAAUCUCCAUCCUCUCCGAGGCCCUCGAAAAAGCCAAAUUCUCCCGCGACGCCAACGCGGCCCUGCUCUCUCAAUACGCCGGCGUGGUCUCCACCAUGCUCAAGCAAUUCCACGACUACAAAUCCAAGCACGUCUCCGACGUCUCCGCCUGGCACCGCAGCUACCGAUCCCAGCUCGCCGAAGCGCGCGCCGAAAACUCCCGCCUCCGCGAACAGAUCUGGGAGAUGCAAGCGCGCGCGGGAAAUGCGAACGAGGCGCUGCGGCAGUUUCGCGGGAAGUAUGAUGAGGAUGGGGGGAGGUGGGAGAGAAGGGUGGAGGCGAAGGCGGUGAGGCAGGAGUUGAGGUUUUGGAAGCGCAUGGCGAUGCCGCAUUUGCCGGAGGAUGAUCCGUGUUGGAGUGAUGAUGAUGAUUUGAUUGAUGGCGCGGAGAAGAGGAGGUUGGAGGAGAUGAGUCGGUUGGCAGCUGAGCAGCAGUUGGCUGCGGCUGCGGAGCUGGGGGAUGUGGUGGGUAAUGGCGGUAAUGCUGGCAGCGGGAGUAAUGGGGAUGAUGAUGACUCCGGGAUUGGGAGUGAUGGGGAGGUGCCCCCGCAGGUGCCGAACGCGCCGGGGGCGGGUGGACAUGGUGGGAUGGUCUUGGGCGGGGUGCCGAUGCAGAGGGAGGAUUCGGGGGCUGUCACGGUAUUGCCUAUUUUGCCGCCGCGGCCGUCAAGCGCGGCGAGCAGUACGGGUUCAUCGGGGCAGUGA